CGUUACACACUUUCGUACACGCAACAAACGUCAAGAUUUGUUUUUUCUAUACGGAGUCGUGUCUAUUAGGGAGUUUCGAACGCGCGUUGAUGCCGGUGCCGAUGUCGUUUCAAUGUGUCCGCGGCAUAUUUAUGUUUUUAUGAGUGCACGACAACUCGCCGGUUAACGCUUUUAUGCAUUUGAAUUUCGAACGCUAGAAAAAUACGUUGUUUUAUUCGGGUGUGUUGUUGUUGAGUUUCUGUAGGCGCUUAAAACGCGUUUCUACGCUUUUUCGAACGUUAACGCGAGUUUCGUGUGUGCGUUAAUCGCUACUUAUUACACGUAUAACCAAACAGAACGACAUUUGGUUCCAUCCAUUGUAUAUCUGUACGUAUUUCUCGUUGGCGCGAGAAAAAAAGAUGCUCGCGUUACGUGCCAAAGGAUAAUGCACACACAUUGAUUGAGUAAAGGAGAGGAAGACGAGUAGUGUAUAUAUACACACACAUAUAUAUACACAGCGAAGAAAGAAAGAGAGCGAAAUAAAAAAAGAAGAACGAAGAAGUGGCUCGCUUUGACAGGUGCGUUGCUGCUGCUGCUGACUGUACUGUGCCGUUGCCGCUGCUUCUUUUUUACUGCGUCCUUUUAUGAUACACUUAUAAAAAGGACGAGGAGAGCGAGAGCACAGCUCGCGCGCUAGCACACGGCUCUCUUUCUGCGUCAAAGUAUUUUUGCACGAAAAGUUUGUGUUACACAAAAUACAAGGAAGUUUACGUGUGUAUUGUACGAUAUAUAAAUACAUAUAUAACGUAACGAAGUGAAUGAAGAGUUCUCCGGGUGGUUUUGUUUUUUCCCUCCGCGCCGCGGAUCCGUGUGAAGUUUUUUGUGUGUUGCUGUGCUAUCAUUAUUGUGUAUAGCAAGCCCGUUUUAUCAGUGAUUCUGUGAUCCUUGGUUUUUAAAUUCUUUCCCCCCACAUAUCCUACCGUUAGUUUUUUUUCUCUUGUUUUGUUCAAGUGAUAUGAUCUUGUGACAGAGUAAGAGAGAGAUAGAGAGAAAGAAAGAGAGAGAGAGAGCGAGUACAACAGCGAAAUAAAAAAAAAGGUGUGAAUUUCGCGAGCUGCACGUCGCAUGUUUGCUUUUUAGUGCUCUGUGUUCCGCGUGUGUGUGUAUGUGUCUCUGUGUGCUCGUGCAAGUGCAAAUAUACACCUACGUAUAUAUGUGUAUAAAUAAAAGCGAGUCAGAAGAGAGGAGAGCAGCGCACGAGGCAGCAUCGUUAGCGGUGUGAGAGAGAGAGAGCGGAGCAGAGCAGCCCCAUCCCAUCACACGCAUACAACACGCAUACAACACGCGCGAGCCCGCGUGCACAUAUCGCCGGUUCGCCGCUGCUGCUGUUGCAUAUAUAACGCAUAUACAGAUCGGCGGCUGCAACGAGGAACGUUCGAAAGUGUGCGCUGCACCGUGCACAGCCGUUAAACUGUGCAUAAUCUGUGCGUGCGUGUGCCCUUGAAGUCGUCGUCGUCGUCGUAUCUCUCUGUGUCUCGACGCACCGAGUUUACAAUCGAGCAGGAUGAUGGAGGGUGGUGAGCCGAUGGGGAGGCGGCAAGUCACCACUGCUACCGCUGCCCCGAGGAGGUACAACAUGCUGUUCCUGAUUUUGCUGCUGCUGCCACUGCUGCGACAGGCCAGAGCUAAAGUCACAAACGAAUGCCAAUUUCCAGCAGCGUGGAGCGGACGCUGGUUCAUCCUGGGCAAGGAAGGACCCAUUAUAACCAACACAUCGCACUUUCUCGACCGAACGUGCAUCUCCAAAGUCGAGGAUACGUAUCUGACGCACGACGAAAACCCUGAGACUGGUAGCUGUUACAGAUGUAUGAUCUUCACCGAGAGGGACGUCAACGUUAUUCAGUAUCGUGAAUCCUACUGUCAGCCGGAGCCCGACCUGAACGCGGCUUGCGCUGGAGUCGGCGCCGACGACAUUCUCUACUCGAUGUUCCGGCUCGACGGCCGACCCAUAGACUGCCCUUUUGCAGGUCCGCCCUUCAGCUUCAGCUACAACCGCGGCCACGGCGAGUGCAAAGCUUUGGAGAAUCAAGCCGAGAGCUGCACCGACGGCAGCAAGCUCCUUUUAAAGUAUCAAGCUUGCGCGGACAUCAAGGGCGCUGAGAGUAGCAGAGAGGAGCUGCAGUGCCUGGCAACGUGGAAAGACGGAAGGAACAUGUUCCUCGUGGGUACUAUCAAACCAGCUGACAGAGACAUGCCUUUCAGCGUUGAUACUUUCAGAUGCUUUUUAUAUGAAAAAGUUCAUCACAACGGCAAAAUCGGUUAUCUGAUAUCUCAAUCAGGUGAUCCUAGUUGUACCGGAUUAACUUCGGUUACUGAAGGAGCUAAAACAUUCAACUUCACCAAAGAAGACAAAGAGCAUGUCAGAUGCAAAUAUCCAUCGUGGGUUACCCAACAUCACGAUUGGCAUUUCUUGGAUGGCUCCAGAAAUUAUCACUUCACCUCGGGUAACUCUACUCUCAAGGUGUCUUAUAGAAACGGCGGUAACGAAGUGAUGCGAGAGGAAAAAGUCGUGUGUCAUAACCUCGAGAAAAUUCAUCCCAAGGAUGACUCUGAGGGACUGAAAGUGAAGCUCGUUGCUCAUGUCACUAGUGGAUGUGACACCGGUUACGUUUGUAUGAUAUUUCACAAGAGAGACAAUCAUGUAAUAGAGGUUCAACAGUCAAGCCAAAAGAUGACAAUGCCCCACGAAGCCUGUUCCCUUGAUGAUCCUGUAAAACAGCCUCACAUGACCUUAAUUACCUCAUCACUCCAUAAACGAUCCUGCCCUAAACCGGGUCGUUACACAGUGAUGGAUCUUAUGCACGUACCGCAGCUGAAACAAGCUCGUCGUAUGCGCAGAAAAAGAUACGCCGUGUCGACGGGUCGGUCGCAGAGCCAUUGGAAAGAGGACAGCAACGAGGCCGGCGAUCCGAGCGACGACUGCCAAAACGCCGACGUGCAAAUAGGAUGCUCGUCCUCGGGACAGAACGAAAUGAUUAUUCAGGAAUCGUGCAAGAAAAACGAUAUCGUUUCAGCUUACUCGUGCCACGGCAGCUGGGAGGAAGCCGGUACCUGGUACACCAUAGUGUCGCGCAACAGGAGCGCGACCGCGGAGCGCGAGACGCUGUGCGUGGCGAUGCGCCUGACCGAAGGCAAUAUUAAAAUGGGUCGCGUCGAACAGCAGGAACUCUGGCUGUCGCGACCGACGAAUUUGUGCCAACGAGCCGUUUCGUCCAGUCAAUGGACUUACAAACUCACUAAUCAAGGUGUAUGCGAGGAUUUGACGAGGGCAGCGUCGAGUUCCGGUUCUACGUCGCUGCUCAUGAGGGUAUCCGUUGCACUGUCGGUCGGCGUGACAUUGUUCAGUGCCAUCCUGUCGAGAUGAUGUGCGGCAACUACGAGUCACUGCCAACCAUGCUGAAUCGUCGUCAACGCUCUAGUGUAAUAAGGCUUAUAAAUAAAUGCAUCGUGUAUAGAAGAGUAGAUAGUCUGUACAUUUGCAGAAAAAAAAUUGAGGUGCGAGAGAUCGAGUUGGGAGUCUGCUGUCUCUUAUGUAUAUGAAAAAAAAAAAAAAAAAAAAAAAAAAAAAAAAAAAAAAAAAAAAAUAGAAGAAUGACUGCGUAUUUUUGUGAAACAAAUUUUUUUUCGUCGUCAUUUUGACUGUGCUGCGUAAAUAGUAGAAUUGAAACAACGUUCCUCAUUGUUUGGAAAAUAUUAGUGAAUGUUGCUAGUGAAAUUUUAUUGUAUAGUGCGAAAGAGCCGCGAUAGAAUCGAUACACUCUCGAGCUAACGGGCAUUUCGAAUUCUCAAGACAGCGAUUAAGUUUUUCGCCCGAACAACUAAUCAAGUACAAAAUUUCAAAUUUACAACAGACGUAAUUAAAUGAAGGGACCUUUUUACUGUAGACGAUCUCAGACGUGAUUUAAUAAAACAUGGCGCUGCGUGCCUUUGAACAAAAAUGAAAAUAAAGAUUGAUCCUUGUAAGCACUGUUUGACGUAUGCAACUAUUUUAAAAAGUACGCGAUAACUAAUGGAUAAAUAGAUGUAUUUAAUAUAAAUGACUUUGACAGAUUUUUAAUAUAUAAAAAAGUAAAACGGAACCAAAUGUACUGUUCAGAAAAUGGAUCGAACGAUACGAAAGCGUAUGCUUACAGUUUUGACAGCAGUCUCCUUACGGAGUCUUGGAAAAAAUUAAGUAAAAUACAAUACGAAAAUUCAAGACAGUUUGUAAAUACAUCGAAUGAAAAUGGUUACGAGAUAAUUGAACCGAACGACAUCGAUUUGUAAAAAAAACAAUGAAUGCAUCAGUUUUCUAAAAUAUUGUAAAGGUGCAGAGUCUUACGCUAUAAAUGCUUUGUUUAUGUACAUAAAGAUACUGUAUAGAAACGCCGAUCGAUAGUGUUGAAUUUAUAUCAAUCUAAGUGUGCAACUAACAUUUGUUUUUGUUUUUAAUUAUGAACGAACUUUCUUCGUUUAAAUGAAUAUGUUAUUUUAUAAUUUAACACAAAGUACCGAAUACUAAGAAAUUAUUUUUAGAGAACUCGAUAUUUUAGAGUUUCUACUAUUAAUUCAAUUAUGAAAGAAUAACGCGAAGUUGUGAAUACGUUAGCUUUAAAUAAAAUCUUGUGUUAUUUUAUGUGUUAUUGAGAUACAAUUUCAAAUCACGAUUAAUAUUAUGUCAUUCAAUUGAAUUAAAGUAUACAGCUAUAACCAUUUAUAAACUUUGUAAAUAUGACAAAGAGAAAAUUAUAAUCGUAUACAUUGAUUUAUAUUCGGAAUGUUUAAUUAUAGUGUAAACUUGUUACAAUAACUUUUGCAAAGGAAAUGUAUCUAGUUCAAUUUGCAGAGCGGAAUCCAUUCCGAUGUUUUUAAUUUUGUUAUUUAUACAUUUUAAGAUCGUAACUAAACUUAGACAAAGCUUUUACGUUAACAUUCGUGUAUUGAGAAAGUAACGCACACCCAAGGUGUCGGUGGCAACGAAAUUAUUGAUAAGUUUGUAAAUAAAAUCUAUCAUUAAAACAUUUUAAAAAUAAAAAUAAAUAUAGAGACAGAUCGUAAAACUGCAUCGUAAAAAAUACAAAGCGUGUAACGCUUUCUUCGUAUCGGAGAUAACUUUCUUAUGGGUAUUAUUGCAAUUUAUUUCGUGCAAACAAUUCAAUGUUUGUCACGGGAAGUGCUAAUAUUUCUCCAAAAUGUAUCAUAAUGUCAGUUUUUGAUUUAGAAUGAAAAUUAUUUGAAUUUAAGUAUUAAGGGUGAUCGUUUGGAAGUCGUUAAAUUGAACGCUGGUUGGAAAAAACUAAUCUAAUAAAAAAUGUAAAAAGAUGAUAAACGUGUAAAUUACUAGGUAACUGCUAUUUCUACUUGAUAAAAGUGAUCAUAAGAGAAUAUUGUGUAACAGAAAAAUAAUAUAUAUUACAUAUAUGCAUAUAUAUUUUUCGUUUAUCACUGUGAUGAAUACAUAAAUAAUACGAAUAACGAUUAAGAAUUACAGACAAUUUUGCGUGUUUUUUUCUCUUGCCACCGUAAUAUAAAUCGAAGCAUUCAUCGAGUUUCAACAAUUUUUGGGCUUUAAGAAUUUAUAAAAUUAUAAAACAAAAAAUUAAAUAUUAUCAGCGGGUGUGAAUGAUGUAAAAUUCUGAUAAAUGAUGAACUAGUAGACUUAUAUGCUUAAUUAAUGCAACUUCAUCAUGGUUUCAAUCAAUCGUAUGACUGUGACUUCGAUCAUGAAUUUUUCAUUUUUGAAGAUUAUAGAAAGUAUAAGAGACUUAUGUCUAGUAACAAACAGAUUUUAAUAUUUCUAAAGAUGAAAAUGACCUCAUUGAAAGAAAAAAACUAUUGUGAUUUUCACACCUGUACGUUUGUUUUGAAUAAAAAAGAGGGUGCAUUGUGGAAGUAAUCGUAGUUUAAAACAAUUUUUUUAUACCUAGGAACAUGUAAGCUUUUGAUCUUUGAUCUUUAAUCUGUUGAUUCUAGAUGUUAGCCAAUAUUGAAAAAGCGCUCAACUAAAUGGAAAUGAAAAAUUAUGCCACAGUACCAAUGUAAAGGCGCACUUCAGUCUUUUACUGACAGUCGCAAUAAUAAUGCGA